AUGUCCCACCAAGCUUUUACAGACGACGAAAUCAUCGAGUACUAUGAAUACCACACUCAAAGCUCUGCUUCAAGCUUCGUAUCAAAAUGUUUGAACGACACAUCUAUACCCUCGAAUACAAACAAUCUUCGCAACGGAAGACUCGUUAUACUCCCACCCCGUGCAAUCAUAAAAUCAGGCCUUUACAUCACCGAUGAAGCCCAAAACCUCCAAAGCGCCUCGAGUAUCCUUAGUAAUACUUCGAUCCUAAAAGUUCCAAAGCUAUAUAGAGCGUUUGAAAGACAUGGAAUGGGAUAUAUGGUUAUGGAGUAUAUUCCCGGAAGACAUCUUCACAUUGACGAUGAAGAGGAGGUAGACUGGUUAGUUGGAAAAGUUGUAGAGGUUGUCAAGUACUUUUGGGGACUUGGUAAGGGAGAUAUUGUAGGAGCUGUUGGAGGGGGUAGGUGUAGAGGGUAUUGGUGGAGUAGUGAUUUUCCAAAGUUUGAAGAUAAGAAGGGGUUGGAAGAGUGGUUUUUGGAGAGAUUACAAACUCAUGAAAAGCAGUAUCUAAGAAUAAAUAGAGUAGAUAUGGUACUGUGUCAUAUGGAUUUGGUUAGUAGGAAUAUAUUGAUAAUCGAGGGUGAAGAUAAAGAGAAAGAGGUAGUAGUGGUGGAUUGGGAGAGUGCGGGGUGGUUUCCUAGGAUGUUUGAAGUUGCGAGGUUGGAGAUGGUGGUUAGUAGUCGACGGGGUCUACCAACUGUUUCAGGAGACAGCAAUGUAAUUUCAAGUGAGAAAGAAAUGAAGUUUGAGAGGAAGUUAUUAGAGAAGUUGAAGGGGAUGUUGGAUGCGGAUGAGAUAGAGAUGAUUGAGGGGGUUAGGAGGGCUUGGGAGGGGGUUUGA